AUCCAAUCCAUAGCUGGUUCGUACUCUUCGCGCCAAAAGGCAUCGGCGUUUGUGAAACUACGCUGCUCGCACACUGUCCUCAAAACCAAAGCGCAACUACGACUCACGCGUCCUCGCAAGAUGGGUCUUCUCGCCGACUGCGAAGAGCUGUUCGGCACCUCCGACCUGUACAAGCUUCUCGGCGUGCCCAAAGAUGCGUCCGAAGCCGCCAUCAAGAAGGCGUACAGGCGCCUGUCGCUUCUCGUCCACCCAGACCGUGCCGAUGAUGCUCAAAAAGAGGCGGCCACGCGAAAGUUCCAGGUCCUCUCCAAGGCGCACCUGAUACUGGGUGACAGUGACAAGCGAGCCGCCUACGAUGACACCGGAUGCGUCGACGAGGACGACGACUUGGCCGGCGACCGCGACUGGACCUCCUACUGGCGUUUGUUGUUCCCCAAGAUCAGCCUCGACGAUGUAGAUAAGUACCUUGCCAAAUACAGGGGCUCCAGUGAGGAGGUGGCCGAUCUCAAGGACUGCUACGAGCGCUUCGAGGGCGACUUCGAUGCCAUCAGCGAAUACCUCAUCGGCUUCGAAAUUGAAGACGAAGACCGCUACCGCAAAAUUUUGAAUAAGCUCAUAGAGGACGGUGAAGUGAAGGCAUACCCCAAGUUCACCAAAGAGGCCAAGAAGUCACGUAAUGCGCGAAAGAAACGGUACACAAAGGAAGCCGAAGAGGCCAAAAAGAUGAAGAUGGAACUGGGUUUGGAUGGCAGCCAAGGAUCGCUGGCAAACGCCAUCGCUAAAAGACAGCAGUCGAGGGAGGCGGACUUUGGAGAUCUAAUUGCGAACCUCGAAGCCAAGUACUGCAAGCCAAAGAAGAAGGCAUCAAAGUGACGAGUUUUUGCUGUGGUGUUGAGACUCGCAACAGAUGCACAAAGCAUGUGCAUGAUAGACUUCUCUCUGUGUUAAAUGUUGCUUGUGAAUGUGGCCAGUCCAAGCUUGGACUGAAGUUUGCCGGUUGAGUACCUAUUGCUGUAAAAGACUUGUAUAUUUCCUGAUGUGCUAGCGAGACCCAGUGUACCGAGUCGUUAUCAUGGACCGCAUAUAAAUUCAUGCAUACUUCUA